AUGGAGCUUUUCUUCGGCGGCGACGCGGGCGCCCUGAGCUUGAAAGAUUUGAGCCCGGCCCUCGAGGUCCGUGCUUUGCAAGAGGCGCUCGUGGGGCUGUGCGGGAUACCUUGCAAGCAGCAACUCUUAUCGCACGGCGGUGUGCUUCUGAAGCCUUCCCAGGCCCUCAAGGAGCUUGCCCAGCCCCUCGAGCCCAUACAUCUUACCAGCUUCGCCUCACUGGUGAAGCCUUCUCCCCUCCGCAUCCCCUCCACGGAGCAGCGGGGCAUUCAGCUCUCCCAGCUGGGGGAGUUGCUGGAGUUUCUGACGGCGAGAUCAGGUAGUUCAGGGCUGCUCCCUUGGCGUGACCGUUGGGGUGCGGCGAUUUGCCUGCAGGACUUGAACCUCUACCACCUGGCAGACUGGGUGAUCUGUCCGGCGACCACAGAGGACAAGUGCAGCUACGUCGAGCUCAUUACUUCCGAUGCCGAGGUGCAGAGGCCACAGUGGUUUGUUUCCCACGCGUGGCAAGAGCCUGUGCAGGACUUCGUGAUGUGCCUGCGGGGCCACAGCUCCGUGCGGCAGCUGCAAGAGAAGGUGGCCUAUUGGGUUUGCGCCUAUGCCAACAACCAGCACGAGCUCGGCAACGAUCUGCGUUUCAACCCACGGGACAGCUCCUUCUUUCGUGCAAUGCAACUCUGCGGCGGUGUGCUGCUGGUGUUGGACACUCACGCGACGCCCUUCGCGCGCGUGUGGUGCUGCUUUGAGCUGGCCAUGGCCCUCACGGACCUAGUGACGCCCAAUGGGCGACUUCUGCUGGACAUCGCCACCGUGAGCCAGGGGAACGCGCAGCUGCUGACGGAUGGGCUGGCCCCCAUGGAGCUCUACAACGAGCACUGCGUGUGCGCAGGGGCCGGUGGCAAGGAGAAGGCGAAGCGAGAGGAGGCAUUCCCCAUCGAAUUGGUUCAGAAAGCCCUGGGCAUCGACAUUGCAAAGGCCAGUGCCUCUCGCGAGGUUGACAGGCUGCGGAUCCUGAACAGCAUUGCUGGAAUGCCAGAGGAGGAUCUCGACGCCACGCUGCCACUGCCCCUGCCAGAGAGCAGGAAGGAGUGCUACGAAAAGGUCAACCGGUCGCUGCGAUCCAUCUUCGCCCUGGCAAGUGUGAGCCAGGUGGUGUCCAAGAAUCUGAAGCAGCUGAUGCCCGCCCUGUGUCGAGCCUUGCAGGAGGACUCCGCCAGGCGUAGCAUCCACCUCUCUUUCGCCAACAGCCUCUUGUUCAAGGAUGCCGACCUCAUGCAGCUCGCCAGAGCACUGCCUCCAAGCCUCACGGACCUCCUGCGAUUGGACUUGCGAUCCUGCCAUGGUCUAUCCGACACCUCUGUCCUAGAGCUGGCCCAUUCGGUCGGUGAGAUGGAGAAGCUGAGGGCGCUGUUCUUGGACUUUUACACGUGCUGCUGCCUGACGGACAAAUCCGUCUGCCAGAUCUUCACUGUCAUCCAAAGACUUAGGAACAUGCGGGAGCUCGAUGUCAACCUCCGCGGACUCAGCAAGGUGACGUCGGGCGUGAUCCCGCCCUUGGUGGCGGCCCUCGGCUCCAUGCGCCUCUUGACGAAGUUGCACAUGAACCUCACGCACACCCGCCAGACCCCGGAAUCUGCCGCCGAGCUCGCAGCAGCGCUGAAGCAGCUGGGGCAGCUGCAGAUCCUGAAGCUCUACUUCACAGACUGCCCCAAGGUGGGCGAUGCCGCGGCCAGCGCCCUGGGUGACAGCGUCCAUGGCAUGGGCCUGAAAGAGUCCAUCAUAUGCUUCUCCAACACAAGCAUCACCGAUGCAGGGAUGGCGGCACUCUGCCACGGCCUCGGGAGCCUCAGUGAGAUGGGGCGGAGCACCUUGAGGUUCCGGGCCUGCCACGGGUUGACCCAAAGGUCCCUGCACCUGCUGGGGGGUGCCUUGUCGGCCCUCCCGCUCCUGCAGAAGCUGAGCAUCGAGGUGGGCAAGUGCCGGCAGAUUCCCCGCCCCCUCGCGCGGCGCUAUGCCGGCUUGAGCCCCGACGUUCUGAAGGACCCGGCCUUCUGCGAGACCACAUCUCCGAAGCAGCUCCUGGAGAUUGAGGAGGGCGGUUCUCCCGUUUCUCCAAGCAGCGCCUCCCAACCCGAGGGUUCCGCAGAGGAGGUGCUGCAGCUCUUUCGGCGAGCCGGGGCCCUGAGAGCGGAGAACCUCUUCGCCGUGCUCCGCACCUUGGAGCCCACGCUGUCACGGAAAAGCUACAGUCAGCUCCGGCGCGCUGCGGAGGCCGAGGACGUGGAGAGCUUUCUCCGCUGGCUGCUGCGAGCCUCUUCAGAAGCACUGAGCGGUGCACCUCCCGAGCGAGCGUGGAAUGGAACGAUGGCCUUUGCUUCUAGCAACCAGAACCAGAUGCGCUCCUUGCUUUCAGGUCCCCCUGCGCCCGUGGUGAGGGCGCCCUGCGUGCGCUGCGUCCUCCCCGCCAAGCCAGGCUGCCCCCAUGGUGCCUGCAAGCUCUGCUGCCGCAAGCUGCGCCAGGCAGCUGGGGAGCCAGCCGAUUGGUGCCCCGUGCACAAGGUCAAGUCCUCAGGGCCAGGGACUGAGACGUCUGCCGCUGCGGAGAAGGAGGCUGACGAGGAGGCCGCGAUGACCACCUGCAUGAGCGCUCGCCGCUGCGCUGGCGACGAGGCUGUGGAAGUGCGCGCGGCCAGCCGCGUCCUCCUCGUGGGCACCGGUGCAGACGAGUUGUUGGGCGGCUACUCUCGUCACCGCACCGCGCGGGUGAAGCGGGGGGCCGAGGGAACGCGCGAGGAGAUGCUGAAGGACUUGCAGCGACUCUGGACACGCAACCUCGGCCGCGACGACCGCAUCAUCGCUGACCACGGCCGAGAAGCGAGGCAUCCCUUUCUCGACGAGCACCUCCUGCGCUUCAUCGGGAGCCUUCCCAUCGACCUGCUGGCCUAUGGACCGGGAGGCGAGGCUGACCCAUCGCCGGACAAAUGGCUGCUGCGCGAACUGGCAGCGCAAAGAGGCCUGGAAACUUGUUCGCGCUUCAAGAAGCGGGCCAUUCAGUUCGGGAGCCGCAUCGCCAAGCAGUCCAAUGUGCAGCACGCCGGCAGCAACCGGCAGGUGCGCGGCGACAUGGCCUACAGCGCGCUCGCGCGGGGCGAAAAUGAUAUGGCCGCCAUGGGCCGUGGACAGAGGUCCUGGUUGGUCAGCUCAGAGGCCCACCUAGCGGCUGGCAGGGGAACAGAUUCCGGCUUGCCCAAAGCGGCCCAAGCGGUUGUACAUGAAAAGCCGGACGAGAUCGCAGAACCCAUCAACUGUCAGCGGCUUGAGCGGAACGAGGGCGGCGGUGUGAGCAUCGUUGUGAUGCAGGUGCCGCCCACCGUCAACAAAAUGGACGUGCUCAACGAGUAUUUUGGCCGGUUCGGGCCGGUGUCUUCUCUACAGAUCAACCAGGUGCGGCACGAGGCCAUCGUGACCUUUAGCCGAAUGGAAGAUGCAGAGGAGGCCAUGAGGUUUCCCGUGCUCAACGAUCCAAGCAUAGGCUUGAGACCGUGGCGGGGCAAGGCAGGCCAGCGGGCACCGGACGAUGUCCCAGCUGAGGUGUCUCCCACCAUUGUCAACACACCGGUGGUGCCCAGUAUACCCAUCAUCGCCAGCGGCAACAUGACCCUGGAGUCCAGCCGAGUGCUGGAAGCCAAAAGAAAACGAGAGGAGCUGCAGGAUCGCCGGAAGGCUUUGCUGUCUAGCCUCACGGAUCAGCUGAAGGCCGUGCUGGCUAGGAUCAGCGACCCGUCCACCUCGGAGCGAAACAGAGAGCAGCUCCAGACCAUUUUGGCGAAUAUCAAAGACAAGAUCAAUGCGCUCACCCCGCCGCAGAAGGAGCAGGAGUUAGCCAAACGGCGGCUGAUGCCUCCAGCGCGGCCCAUGGCGCCCUACCAGACGAAGUUGGACAACCGCCCGAGACCUGCGCUCUUGCAUUUGUCCAAGCUCCCCGCAGAGAUGCAGGGUCCUGACGGGGAGGCGCAGUUGCGGGAUGCUCUGGGCGAGAGCGUCGAAUGGAUCCGGGAUUGGUCCGACGACGGAAGCAGCUGCACCGUCCGGUUUCGGGAUCGACGGCAAGCGGAGGCGGCAGUGCAGGCGCAGAAAAUCUGGGGCUACGUUGCCAGAAUCCAGGAGAUAUGCACCACAUCCCUACCGGCGGAAGGCGCAAGCUCCUAG